AUAUUCGUAUUAAAAAUGCAGCCGUGCAGAACUAUCUCUAACAGACAAAAAAGCAUUGCCACCCGGCUCGAAGCAGGCAUGCAGGUAUGGCUACCUCAGUCUCCGCCGAGCAACCGGCCUCUCAAGACGUGUCCAUCAGCGUCAGUACCGUUAACAAGCGUGUCCAACAAGUAUUACGUGAUUUCAACCCGGGGAAACCAGAAAGUGACCAACAUGGGGCUCCGCUCCCUUCUUCUCCUCUCCCUCGCCUGCCUCGCGUCGAGCGACAAGCUCCACCUAGUCUUCGAAUGGAGCCAGUUGGACUACCAGUAUGCCAGUCCCGAGGCGCGGCAGCAGGCGAUCGACAGCAAGACGUUCAUCCCGGAGAACAACAUACCGAUGGGCGUGGAGGUGUAUCAGGAUAGGCUGUUCGUCACGGUGCCGCGGUGGAAGCAUGGGGUGCCGUCUACGCUAAAUUAUGUUAACUUGAAUGAUAAUAGCACGAAGUCACCGAACUUAAUCCCCUACCCGAGUUGGGCAGCGCAUUCUAUCGGUAGUGAUGGAAAACCUCCAGAAAUCAUUUCACCGUUCAGGGUCCGAGCUGACAAGUGCGGUCGUCUUUGGGUUCUCGACAGCGGAAAGAUGGGCAGGCUCGAAACUAACGGUACCAAAUUCUCGCCCUCCAUCAUCGUCUACGACUUGAAGACAGAUAAUCUUUUGAGAAAGUACACGUUCCCUGCAGAUCAGGUCAAACAAGAUUCUGGAUUCGCCAACAUUGCCGUGGAAGAUUUCGAUUGCGAAAAAACUUUCGCGUACGCCGGCGACGUUGGUAAGGCGGGAAUCGUAGUCUACUCGUGGGAAAAGAACGAAUCGUGGAGAAUUACUCAUCAUUACUUCAACCAAGAUCCUCUAGCUUGCGAGUUUAACAUUAAAGGAUUGAACUUUACUUGGGAUGACGCCAUCUUCGGCAUGGGACUUUCAGCGCCUAACUCUGACAACUACAGCACCCUCUAUUUCCACCCGAUGGCGAGCUUUAAUGAGUUCGCUGUCUCCACAGAAUACCUGAGGAACAAGACUUUAGCUGAAGCUAACUUCAAUGCUUUUAAACUACUCGGUAGCAGAGGUCCAAAUGCUCAAUCAAGUGCGUCCUUCGUGGAUCCCAGAACGGGCGUCCUUUUCUACUCUUUAGUGAACCUUAACGCUGUGGCUUGCUGGCGGACGUCCAACAAGGAAUAUACAAUGAAGAACCAGGGUAGAAUCUCCAUGAACGACACUACCAUGAUCUACCCUACUGACAUUAAGGUGGACAGCAAUCAGAACUUAUGGGUUCUCUCUAACAGGCUGCCGUUCUGGAUGUACGGACAAAUGAACCCUGCAGAUGUUAACUUCAGGGUAUUCACAGCUCCCGUCUUAGAAGCGAUUAGCCAUACGGCGUGUGACGUCACGGCUAGGUCGGAUAUUCUCGAUAAGUUUUUGGGUAAUGUGAAGAAUGCUACAGCAAAGAUUGCCUCUAAGAUAAAGCCAAAUUCAGGUGCUCCGUUUGCGCCUAUGUCGUUCGUUGCGUUAGUUAUGUUAAGUUUAUUCGUAUCUUCUACUGAAAAUUAAGAGCCUAGUCUAUGUAACUGUUACAGAAAGCCUGGCGUUACUUAACUUGUGUGAAUAGUAAGAUUUGAUAAUUCGGUAUAAAUUAUUUGUCCAAGGGCCUUACUUUUGUUUCAUCAAUUUAUACCGAAUUGUCAAUAAAUGUUGUUUGUUACAUUGGUAAAUAUAAGUCGGUGGAUCUGACUCGCGAAUCAGUACAUAAUUUAUUAAUAACUAUUAAGCGAUGUAAGAUUCGCUUGCCAGACUGAAGACAAAGAGCUAUUAGACGUUUGAAAAGGGUAGCUCCAAAAUAUAAUACAAAGCGGAAUUACAUAUAAUCUUUAGAAACCGAUUGCUACCGGGAACAUAUUACUAUACUACAUAGAGGUAUGUACUGUACUUACCUAUAUACAUGUAUAUGUAAUUAUGUAUGUAUAUAAUUAUUAUAGAUUUAAGUUCAUCUGUAUUUAUAAGUAUUUUUAAGUAUUAAGUUAUACAAUUUUCAGGUUAUAUACAUUUCUAGAUUGGUAGCUUUCGGUAAUGCGUACAAAAUUUCACCGCUUAUCCAUUUUACUACAAAAGGUUAAUUUUCUCUUCUUAAUCACGUCUACCUAUUUUUUAGAGCUCUGUACAAUCAGUAGCUGCUAAGCGGGCGAGGUGUUCAAAAUUACUUUGACACGCUCUUAUUUUCUUAACCAUUAAGUCGCGUCAAGAUCAUUUUGAACAACUCGCUCGCUUAGCAACUUCUGCUAGGUACUAAUUGUACAAAACUUUGUUCACGGAGCUCUUAUGGGAUCACUUCGGUCUUGCAAAUCAGUUAAAUUCGUUUUUUUUUCUUUGUGAGCAUAAUGCGGUCACUAUUAGGGUAACAUUCCAUUUCUGACCGCAGCUGCACUUCUGGUACUGAACGAGUCGCUGUUACUGUCAAUUUCCACAGUAAAAUUGACAGUAGUGCAGAUGCGGUUGGAAAUGGACUGUCACCUUUAGAGUUUUCGCCACCUUAAUUUUUUAAACACAUUUCGAAUAAUCAUCAUUUUGAUGGUUGAAUUUGUAUAACAGAAUAUGCUAUCAAAAUUGUGGAAUUGAUAAGUUACAAUACAGUCAAAUUAUGACUUAAGUACUUUCAUUUUGUAUAAGUCAUAACGCCACGCCAUAGUUUGUCGAUGGGUCAUUUAAAUGGUUACCGCUUUAUUUAUUACCUAAUUUAAUAUGUAUAAUCGUAAGCAGAUAUACUGUAGGUAAAAAUCAAUGGAAACGGGUGACUUUGUUCAGAAUUUUCAUACGGGGUGACGCUUUUUCAUUGCUUUUGUGUGUAUUUUAUAUUAUUUAGAGUGCUAGCACUACUGACCGCGUUGUCGCCUGUCUCGCUCGCACUACAUAUAUAUUUACAAAUUUUGUUAUUCAGUGUGAUAAUGGUUGCAUGUUUGGUAUGUAUUUGUAUUUUGUCUCUUUUCUUUAGAUAUAAAGUCGAUAUGGGUUAGUGUGGCUGCGUUAAAAUGUGGCUGGCCACGUUGGGGCCUGGAUCCGUCCAUUGCUACUUGAGUUUAGUCAGGCGUGGCUCACUCCGCGAUUUCGUCGCUUUGCAACAGGUAGCUACAAGUACAUCCGUUCCACAUCAAUUUUGGUGGCUAGCCAUAAGACGCGCGUGGCGCUGUCGCCACCUAGCGGCCAUAUCUGUCUUGAUCGUUUUGUUAGAGAGUGAGUCUUCUGUACCUAGUACUAUUAUUUAUUCUAUGGUUUAGUGGCAAAUGGUAUGAACUCGCAAUACCAUUAAACGAAGCCUCAAUAUGAAGACCAGCCCACCACAUUUAAAGUCGUACGGUUUUAAAAUGUCAUGUCUUACUUGAGAGAUUACCUGUCGAUGAAUGGCAUAGUUUUCUUUUGUUAAACCAAACCGCUAAUAACUUGUGCAAAAUGAAAUGCAAUAAGAACAAGAGAUUCCGUAUACAGAUAACAACUUUACCGCUUAAAGAAUAGAGUUAGAAUUAUAGUAGCAGGUACUCGAUACCUAUAGGACCUUUUGGAUUGUUUCGAAAAGGUUCUUUAUCGAGUACUUGCUAUUGUAAAUUUAACUCUAUCCUUCAAGCGGUAAAGAUGUUAUCUGUUUAGAAUCUUUUGUUCAGAUUGCAUUUCAUUUUGCAUAGGUAAUUAGCGACAAUGUCAUUCAUCGUCGGGUAGUCAAUCAAGUGGAUACCGACAUUUUAAAACCAUCCGACUAUACCCCGCAGUCACACUUACCCGUAUUGACCUUAGUACAAAUAAGAAGUAUGUGGUAAAUAAAGUGCCUGAGGUUCACAGUACGAGUACUUACCGCCAACGUAUACAUGUGCCUUGAAUCGUGAUAUAUUGUAUUAUGUAUUAGGCUAUUUUGUUUUUACACGUGUUGUAAAUAUUCUAAAGCUGUAAAUAAAUGCUGUAAGCUUA